AUGUCUGCCUCGGUCGCAGAUAUCCAACAAAGCGAGUUGUCGACGUUUGAAUUCUGGGCUCAAUAUGCGGCAGCAGCCUACUGUCACGACAGCUACGCGUCCCAAACUCCGCACAAAAUCACUUGCUGGGCUGGCAAUUGCCCUCAGGUCGAGGCUGACGGCGCCACAAUCGUUUUUGAUUUCUCCAACUCCACCAUUACGGAUACCUCAGGCUACCUCGCCACAGACGACGUUAGGAAAGCUGUCGUCCUAGCCUUCCGCGGCUCGUACUCGGUCCGCAAUUGGAUCGCCGACGCCGAGUUCCCCUUCGCCGACCCAGGUCUCUGCGACGGCUGUUUGGCGGAACUCGGCUUCUGGACGUCGUGGACAAACGUGCGCGACUCUGUCAUGAAGCAUCUCAAAGAAACAAUGGCUGCCAACCCCGAUUACGAACUUGUAGUUGUCGGCCAUAGCUUAGGCGCGGCUGUCGCUACCCUCGCAGCGGCUGACCUCCGAACCAAGGGCUACCCCUCGGCCACAUUCUACGCGUUUGCGUCGCCUCGGGUGGCCAACCCAGCUCUAGCCAGAUUUAUCACAGACCAGGGAAGGAACUACCGCUUCACGCACACUAAUGACCCCGUGCCUAAGCUGCCGCUGCUUGCGAUGGGUUAUGUUCAUGUUUCUCCUGAGUACUGGAUUACUGCACCCGACAACGACACCUCUGUUGCCCCAAAUCAGGUGCAAGUGCUGGAGGGCGAGGUCAACUGGAACGGCAAUACUGGAACUGGAGCACCCAAUCCAUUCGACUUCUCGCCUCAUCAUUGGUACUUUGAGAGGACUGACGGCUGUAUCGGACCUGGUCUGCCCCUCAAGAUCUGA